UCAAUUGUUUGAUUAGGUGGCCAUGACAGGAACGUAGAGGUGCUGAGUCAGUCCUGAUGACAGCCAAAUUGACUGGUCGGGUUUUCCCACCUUCAAAGUAAAUGAAGCAACCUUGAGGUGUGAGCAAGCAUCCAACGAGGCAAUCUACUUCUCAGCUAGGCACCAAGAUACUCCUUCCACUUCCCAGCGAGAGCAGGGCCACCGGUGAGAUGCCCCCUUGCUAGCCUCAUCGCGCUUAGGCCACUGUAGUAGACCGUUUAGCUACUUCCUACUCACUACUCAGCUCCUUCGUUCAUCUGUCAGGCAGAGUAAAAAGGGAAAUGCAUCGUGUUGGUGAUUAGCUUGUGAGGAACAACUGAGAGCAGUGCUCACACAUCAUAACAAGGCCCACAAAACAUUAAGCAGGCAUACUUGCAUCUUAGUCAGAUUUCAUACGUUUGGGUAAUAUGGGCACAAUUUUGGAUGCCCUCACGUUCAAAUUCUUGACAAAGCUGGGUCAGGUUAUCGAGAAUGAGGUUGUGAUGACAUUAAGUGUGAACAAGGAUAUCAAGAGGCUAAAGAAUAAUCUGGAACAUUUUAGCGCAAUUCGGGAGGAUGCUGAAGCUCUGGCCAUGGAAGAUAAGCGGAUAGAGGCAUGGUGGAAGAACAUGAGCAAUGUAAUGUUUGAUAUUGAUGUCAUCAUAGAUCUUGUUAUGGUUCAUUCGCAAAAGCUUUUGCUGCCACCUAGAUCAGUAUGUUGCAAUCAGUCCAUGAUCUCUUGUUUUGGAAAGCUUUCAUUUGAUCACAGAGUGGCUAGAAGAAUCAAGGACAUAAAUGAAAAGCUUGAUGAGAUCAAAAUGAACACAGAGAUGUUCACCUUGGAUAGAACCACACGCCAACAAUUCCAAGUAACAAUUGUGGAUAGAAGGCAGACAUCUCCUGUAGAUGAACUAGAGGUUGUUGGAACAGAAAUCAAACAGGCAGGUGAGGACAUGGUACAAAUGAUUGUUAGUAGCUGUCGUGAGAAUCGGUCAAGUGUUUUUGGGAUUCAAGGGAUGGGAGGCAUCGGUAAGACAACAUUAGCUCAGAAGAUAUAUAAUGAGCCGUUGGUAAGAGAGAAAUUCCAAGUUCGUAUAUGGUUGUGCAUUUCACAGAGCUACACAGAAACCGGGUUGAUAAAGCAGGCAAUACGAAUGGCAGGAGAAAAGUGUGACCAAUUAGAGACCAAGACCGAGCUUCUUCCACUUCUGGUGGACUCUAUCAAAGGAAAGAGUGUUCUUCUUGUGCUCGAUGAUGUGUGGAAAUCUGAUGUCUGGAUUGAUCUUUUUCUAUCGCCUUUCAAGCGAGCCUUGAAUUUCCAUGUCCUUGUCACCACAAGAGACCUGGAUGUAUUGGCAGAAAUGCAUGCAACAUAUACUCACCAAGUAAACACAAUGAAUUAUCAUGAUGGUUUGGAGUUGCUUAUGAAGAAGUCCUUCCAGCCGUAUGAGCAAAUAAGUGAAUUCAAGAAUGUUGGGUAUGAAAUUGUAAAGAAAUGCGACGGUCUUCCUCUUGCCAUCAAGGUUGUUGCAGGUGUCCUAUCUACCAAAAGAACAACUGCGGAAUGGAAGAGUAUCCGAGAUAGCAAAUGGUCCAUUCAUGGACUCCCCAAAGAACUUGGAGGCCCCCUGUAUUUAAGUUACAGCAGCUUACCCCCUCAACUUAAGGAGUGCUUUCUCUGGUGUGCUUUGCUGCCUCCUAAUUUUGAAAUCCAUCGUGAUUCUGUAGCUUACUGGUGGGUUGCUGAAGGUUUAGUGAGGAAAGAGCAUGGAUUCUCAAUACAUGAAAUUGCUGAAGAGUAUUACCUUGAGCUAGUCCGGAGGAAUCUUCUUCAACCUGUACCAGAGUAUGUAGACAAGGCUGUGUCAACAAUGCAUGAUCUAUUAAGGUCACUCGGACAAUAUUUGACAAAGGAUCACUCCCUGUGCAUGAAUGUGGAAAGAAUCGAUGCUAUGUCGAAUCUCCGCCGCUUAGGUAUCAGUCAUGCUGUAGAAGAAAUACCCACUCUAGAAGAGCACAAGUGCUUGAGGAGCCUCCUACUUUUUAAUAACAAGAAUUUCAAAUCAAUGCACAAGGAUAUUUUCAGAAAGCUUGAGCAUAUCCGUGUCUUGGUUCUCAGUGGAACAAGCAUCAAGGACAUACCAGACUCAGUGGGAAACUUGGUGCUAUUGAGGUUGCUAGAUCUGAGCUAUACAGAGAUUAACAAACUUCCAGAGUCCAUAGGAAGUCUCAUCAGCCUUGAAUACCUCUCUUUGCUUGGUUGCCGUCAAUUGGAUAGCCUGCCAGCUGGUCUCAUGAGACUGUCCAACAUAAGUUUUUUGCACCUAGAGCAGACUUCAAUUGAUCAUGUUCCUAAAGGGAUCGCAAAGUUUCAGCAGCUCUACAACCUAAGAGGAGUUUUUGAGAGCGGGACUGGAUUCAGAUUGGAUGAAUUGCGAUGCCUCCCCAAUAUCCAACGUCUCUGGGUUAGUAAGCUAGAGGAAGCGAUGCCAGGGAGCGAACUUGUACUGAAGAACAGUCGUAAUCUUAAAGAACUGGGAUUACGCUGCACAAUGAAGAUGGGUACUCAUGAUAGAACACGCUAUGAGCACGACAAGGUUUGGAAAAUUCAGCAAGUCUACGAUAUGCUCGUCCCGUCCCCAAGCCUAGAAUACAUUUUUCUUGUUGGGUUCCCUGGUACUAUGUUCCCAGAAUGGCUACGAUCGAAACCGGAGCUUAACAUGCCAAGUUUGCGUCAGAUGCACCUUGACGAGUGCAUAUCAUGUUCAGAGCUUCCACCAGCAGGUCAGAUGCCACAACUGCAAUUUCUUAAGAUUAAAGGUGCAGAUGCCAUUGAGUCCAUUGGCGAAGAACUCCUGGGAAAAGAAGCCGGCAGUCCAGCAGCCAUUUUCCCAAAGCUUGAAGUGCUUCAGGUCAUUCGCAUGUUCAGUUUGAGAAGUUGGUCCCUCAACACUGGGAAUCCCAGCGAUAGCUCUCAACAUAUCUCGCUGAUGCCUUGCCUUAAGCGUCUGUUGCUUCUUGAUUGCCCAAAACUGAGAGCUCUCCCUCGAGACAUGUCCAACAUUGUUAACUUGAAGAGAAUCCACAUUGAAGGUGCUCACAAGCUGCAAGAAGUCGUUGACCUUCCCGCAGUCACGUGGCUCAAAGUGAAGAACAACACACGUUUGAGGACAAUCUCCAAUCUCUGUAAGCUUCAGGACUUGCUUGCGCAGGACUGCCCAGCACUGGACCAGGCAAAGAACCUAUGCUCAUUGAGGCGCUUGUACAUGGUCGACUGCCCGCAUGAGCAAGAGUUCAGGAAGUGCCUCUCAGAAGAACAAGGUGUUCUAGUCCACGUUGCAACGGUUGGUGCAGAUGGCCGGAAUAUCUUCCCGGACGAAUCUCUCUACAAUUAGGCAGGAAGACGGUCGUCACCGCUGCUGAGGCUGGCUAUCCUGUGUACUUGGAGCCCUUCGAGACGGCGGAGCACCUCAAGUUUGGCCGCCCCUUCGCCCUUGCUUUCUGGGGUAAGCUGGGGGUGCCCGUCAUCGAUGCGUCUCUGCGGGUGCUCCACCUACUUGACAUCGCUACCACCGUAGGCAUACCACCGUCGGCGAUGCCUCUCCGAACGCCUUCAUGCUGCUUUGCUGCUGUCACCUGUGGAAACAUUGGAAUGCUGCUGUGUUCCGUGGCCUCUCUCCUUCCCUACCCGACGUCCUCAAGUAUUACCGGGAUGACACGUCGUUGUGGCAUGGGAGGUGCAAGGUGGAUCAGCGCUGCCACAUUGGCGUCUGGCUUCGCGUCCUCGAGGCGCCGAAGGUGGCUGCGCACCCUGCGGCUUGAGCCUCGCCGCUGUCCUUGGUCUUUCUCACUGUUUGUAUCUAUGUUGGCACUCAACUUACUGUUGUCCUUUUAACCCUCAUAAUGCUGUAAACAAUUCUGGGUUUCAGACCUUAUAUGAAAAUUCACUUGUUUUUGUUGGAAA